AUGUCAAUGCAAUGCCUUGUGCAGGUGCUGUCACUUCUAAGCAAUCCGUCACUCUUAGAGGCAGGCUGCACUGUGAAGCUCAAGAGCCCAACAAUCGAGAUGGCGCUGCGAGAGAUCUCCAAUCCACUGGGAGUGAUUGAUGAGCUCUUCGCGCGUGCCGCAAGCUCUGCCACGGACCAAAGCAAGCUGCCUCCUGGAGUUUGGAAUGAAAAAGCGCACUUCAUUAGUGCUCUUCAGUUGGCAGACGAAGAAAACUUUGCCAAUGUUCCGUGCUUGAAUGAUGCAGAGGUUGUCGAGCACAUUGCGCCAUUUAGUUUGGUGCGCUUUAGAUGCUUGGUUCAGGACGUAUUUGAACCUGAACUGUACUCGAUGUUUCUUGUUGAGCGAGAUCAACAAGAUGGAAGCUCACAGCGCUUGAUAACUACAAAGUACCGGGAAUCUCAUCCCAGCCCAGAAGGCAAAGUGCUGCAAGAAGUGGGCAGAGGUGGUCUCAGUUCAAGAGGAGCCUACUACUGCGUGCCUCUACCAGGAGAAACUUCUUGGUCAAGAGCAAGUCCAGUGAAGCAAAUUGCCAAGUCUCUCACAGUUGGCAGUGGCAAGCGUAGCAGAGCUGAUGAAGAUGUGGACAUGGGCAUGGAGGAAACUGAAGAGAUUGCUCUAAAGCCAACAGAGACAGCAAGGCCACAGCAAAGGGUGAAAACCUCGGCCGAAGCACUGGAAAAGAUGACAGUCCAGCUUCAAGGUGGACCCAAAAACUCGGAUUCCUUUGGAUUGAAUCUUCCUCUUCCAUGGGAAGCUGAUUCCCGCAGCUGUCCCUGCAUUGUCAAACUUUAUGAUGAAGAUGCGGAAUCCCUGAAGCUUUGUGAGACUGUGGAGAUUCUUGGAGUCCUUUGUGUUGCCCCCGCCAUGGCAAACCUGGGAGAGCAGACACAAGCUUGGCCAUUUCCAGAUGCCCGGAACCCGUCCACAGCGCUGGUUCCCCGUUUGCAUGGCCUCUUGGUUCGGAAGUUGCCUUUCUAUCAUCCCCUAUUUCCAUUUAGCCCCAAUUGGCUGUCAGAAGCGCGUUUGGCCUCAGCAUUUCAAAGGCGUCUGGCUGCACCUGGGGCGGUGGCGGCGGCCAGAAAUGCGGCCAUCAAUUCCUUGAAACAUGCAUUGGGAGGUGAUGAAGUCGCUGCUGAAUACAUCCUGGCCCUGAUGGCCAGCCGUGUUUAUGGUCACGUCAGCGGCAUGGCUUUGGGACAAUGGUCCAUAAAUCUCAGUCAUUGGCCGGGAGAAGCUCCUGUCUCACAUCUCUUCGAGGCUGUAUCAAACCUGGUGCCCAUGGCAGUGCACCUGCAAGUGACAGCUGAGACCUUGAGUUCGGGUCGAUGGAAGCCCAAGAAAGACUUCGAUGCCAAUCGCCUCGUGGCAGGUCGCUUGCAGCUGGCGCCUGGCACGUUUCUCCUCCUCGAUGAGUCUGAAAUGCGAGAAGGAGAGGUAAAUGACAACGGGGUCCGAGCUUUGCAAGCGCUUUCAAGCUUGGUCUCGGACCAACUGUUGCCAUGUGACUUCAACACAUAUGAUGUCCAGAUUCCGCUUGAGGUCAACUGCAUGUUUCUUUCGAAAGGAGUGUCAAUCCUGAAGCUUGCAGACCUUGUCCUUCCCUUGAGGCCACAGGCAAAUCAAGGUGUGGAUGCUGGACUGGGUGGACACGGUGGACUGGACGCAGCUCGGUUCCUUCUUGGACUCAUCACACGACACACCAAGCCCUUCCGGAUGCCCGAGCACGUGGUGGCUGGAUUCAGCCAAGACUUUGCCCAGCUCCGGCAAGACUUCCAGGACAUCGGGCAGCGAACUGUCCAUGUUUGGAGAUCAUUGGCACGUGCCAUUUGCUUCACCCAUGGUGAAGAAGAGAUUACCAUGGAACGAUGGCAGUCGAUCAUGGCACUCGAGCGGGAGCGCUUGAAGCGCUGUACAGAGGAAACUGCGGUUGCAUCGCUGUACCCAGCUGAUGUGAUCUCCAGAGCAAAGGAGUAUGUCUCGAAGAAUCCAAAGUUUGGUGCUUACUCCCACUCCAAAGGAAUUCCAUUCUUCAGGGAACAAGUUGCCAACUACAUCGAUCGCAGAGACGGAUCAGCAGUCCCAAAAGCCGAUCCAGAGGAUAUCUACUUGACUGAUGGUGCAUCGGCUGGAGUGAAGACGGUGCUUGAGGUCAUGAUUGGUGACUCGCUUGAUGGAGUCCUCAUCCCAAUCCCUCAAUACCCACUCUAUUCUGCAGCAAUUACCCGGUUGGGUGGUACAUACAUUGGCUAUGAGCUGAUGGAAGACUACACAUCUGGUAAAGGAUGGGCCGUAGAUGUUGACGUGAUUGAGAAGAAGAUUCAGGAUUACAUUGCUAGCGGUGGUCGCGUUCGGGGGAUUGCUGUCAUCAAUCCAGGCAAUCCAACAGGCACAGUCCUGACUCGAGAUGUGAUCGAAGCGGUUGUGAGGCUCUGUGAGAAGUACAAGAUUGUGAUCUUGGCCGACGAAGUCUACCAGGACAACAUUUUCAGGGAAGACAGGGAAUUUAUAUCCUUCAGGCGCGUGAUUCACGAGUCGAACUCUCCUGUGGAGCUGUUCUCUUUCCAUUCAAUGUCAAAGGGCUACUAUGGAGAGUGUGGAUUGCGAGGAGGGGUAAUGCAUUUGACCAACAUUGACCCUGGUGUUGCUGAUCAAAUCUACAAGCUCUUCUCGAUGAUUCUCUGUGCAAACACCUUGGGUCAGGCACUCAUGGCUUCCAUUCUGAAUCCGCCACUUCCUGGAGAUGCAUCUUUUGAACGUUUCGCAGAGGAGCGCAGGGAGAUUUUGGCAAACCUCAGCAGGAAGGCAGACCUGGUGACCCGAGAACUCAACAGCAUGCCUGGCGUGCAGUCACUGCCUGUGGAGGGAGCCAUGUAUGCCUUCCCCCAGGUUUAUUUGCCGAUGAAGUUUGUUGAAGAGGCUCAAAGCCUUGGCAAGGCGGCUGACAUGCUUUAUUGCAUCCAGAUGCUUGAGGCCACAGGAGUCAUUGUGGUUCCUGGAAGUGGCUUUGCCCAGAGGAAUGGCACCUGGCACUACCGCAUUACGAUUUUGCCGAAAGAGGAAAAACUAAAGCGAGUAUUAGCUCGCAUGAAGACUUUUCAUCUCAACUUUUUGGAAAAGUAUUUAAGCCCCGGGGAACGUGCGGUGGAGGACAAGACUCCUACACCAUGCACAGCAAAGUACCCGGAAAAACUCCAAAGGGAGAUCAUCGAGGAACACUUGAGAGCCAAGACUGGGCAGGAGAAGCCUAUGUUGCUUCUGAUGCUCGGUGGCUCGGGUGCUGGAAAAGGCACCUUUUUAAGAGUGAUGAAGAACAACGGCAUGGAUCUUGACAAUUUUGUGAUGCAUGGAUUGGACGAGUACAUUGAGUACCUCCCAGAAUACAAGGCAUCUGUGGACAGCAAAUUAGUGGUCUACAAGGAUGCCGCCGAUGGCUGUUACUCCGGCGUCAUUCCAAUUGCCAAGGCUGCUCAGCUUGAGAUCAUCAAACGGAAGCAGCAUGUGAUCUACGAGGAUACUGGAAAAGACCUGAAUCGCAUCAUCAAGCGAAUCUUACCACCCUUUGAGGAGGCCGGCUAUAGCAUCGCCAUCGCCUUGAUCGACAAUACUCCUGAAGUAGCCAAGCAAAGAGCCUUGAGCCGCUUUAUGAAAGAAGGCAGAUACGCCUCGGACAGCUACAUUGAGUCCACCUUUCAGAACGUGCCGGAAAAUUACGCCAAACUGAAAAAGAUGGAGCAGGUCAAAGAAGCCUACUAUUGCAACAACAAUUGCGUUAAAUCCCCUUCGGGAGAAUGCUUGAAGUGCUGGAUUGACAAGGGCCAGAGGACUUUGCUUCCUGCAACUGGCAUGUCGUCUGGUGCCAUUGAGAGAGUGAACGCAGCAUCUGAAUAG